AUCGUGAUCCACGUCUUCGACGAGGCGAGGGACGCGCGGCGCGACUUCACGUGCGAGCUCGCGCUGUUGACGCGCGAGAUGCGUUACUUCCGCUCGCACCUCUCCGGGUCCGCGACGACGACGACCGGUCAGAGCUCGUCGCGCCCGCCCACGGAGAUGUCCGUGCACUGCGACGUCGAAGUCUUCGCGUGGCUGCUCGAGUACGUCAACGCGACCGCGGGGCCGGGGGGGAUCGCGGAGGGGCCGACGCUGACGGUGGAGAACGUCGUGCCGGUGCUGAUAUCGUCGGGCGCGUUAUUGUUCGCACUGCGGCUGACGGAGGAGGCGCUCGCGUUUAUUCGCGCGCGGAUACUCGACAUCGUGAACCAGCCCUUGGACGUGAGCUGCCUCGCGGAGCACUUGCUGCGACGGCUGGCCGCGCAGCUGACCGAGGACACGCUGGAG